AGAAAGAUGUUCGUUUCUGUCGGCGCGAUGCGUGGAGAAACCCGCUGGCUGCACCGCGAUGUUAGUUUUGGACCUUGUCAUAUAAGGGCGAGGUUUUUUUCAUGAGACACAACCUACAGUGAAACAUUCACAUUUAAACCAGGAGUCCGACCACAAUGGAGAUUGGUGACAUGAUUGAGAUCAACAGAGGUCGAUACAAACACUGGGCUCUGUACAUUGGAAAUGGAGAGGUCAUCCAUUUGGUAGUUCCAGAUGGACCUUCAAGAGUAUCUUUCUGCAGUUUUAGCUCAUCCAGCGGCAGUGUUUCCUGUAAAGGCAUGAUAACAAUAGAGACAUUACAGGAUGUGGCAGCAGGGAAUACUUACAAAAUCAACAACUACCUGGAUGACGAAUACAAACCAAGGAGGACUGACGUCAUUAUGGGGGAUGUGGACAAAAUGAGAGGCCGAACAAUAACAUAUGACCUCCUUGGAAACAACUGCGAGAAUUUUGUUACUUUCCUCCGUUAUGGCAAAUCGGAGUCCAAACAGGCCGAUGACUUCCUGAAUAAUGUGUUAGCUGGUACUGCAGGCGUGCUUGGUGUACUGACUGCUGUUGCUGCUUCUACAGCUGCUGCAGCAAGCACACUUAGUAAAUAAUUUCUUGGGUCAUUCAUGAGUCCAUGGAGAAUGUCAGUAAUGCUAAAUGUUGUGUAUUGCCUAAUGAAUAAAGGACCAUCUCAAAGACCAAUGUGGUUGUGUGGUCAUUUUUCAUUCAAAUCAAACAGAAUAUUAAAUUAACAUACCAGCUUUUAUAACCGAGGUGUGGACUCGAGUCACAUGACUUGGACUCGAGUCAGACUCGAGUCACAAAUAUGAUGACUUACAACUUGACGUUGACUUUAAUAGCAAUGACUCAUGACUUAACUUGGACUUGA